CCACCACGACCACCCACCACCACACCCUCCGCACCCACCACACCUUCUCAUCCCCCUCCUUCCACAUCCCCAUCCCCAUCCCCGCCCGCACCCUCUCCCUCGCACUGUCCCUCGGCUACGAUCCACAGACUCUCAUUCUUGUCCCCCCAAGCCAGUGAGUGUGCGUCGAACGUAUCAACAAUUUUGAUAUUUGACAUAUAGCUACAUACACCGUGAUAGUCCCUCUCUUUAACCUUGCAACAUGUUUGCCCUUCCGGUCUCACGGACCGCCGUAUGGGCGCACCCGGCACUUCGGGUCGUCAUGAACGCGUUCAACGGGGCAGAGGGCGUGACGAGGACGCGUGGGGUGGCGGUGACGACAGAGUGGCAAAAAUUUGUGGCGGAGCAUCCGCCGCGGAAUGGCGUCCCUGCCGGCCAAGGCCUCCCCGCCGGAGAGCUUCUCUUCCGCAUCCCGCUCGCCCCGGAGCGGAUGACGGCCAGCGCAUCAACGUUCUCGCUCCAGGUCGGUCCGGAGGGCCACGUCAACGCACUCGAUCUCGAAAACGAGAUGUGGGUGUGCAUGAACCACGCUUGCACGCCGACGGCGUCGGCCACCAUUGCCGUCGUCGACGACGUCGUCGACGUCUCGGCCGCCGUCGACCUCGCUCCGGGCGCCGCCGUCACCUUUGACUACAACACCACUGAGGCCUUUCUCGCAGACCCCUUUACCUGCUCCUGCGGCGCGCCAUCGUGCGUCGGCUCCGUCGCCGGCUACACCACCCUCUCCGUCGAUCAGCGCCGCGCUCGCCCGGUCGUCGCCCCCUACCUCCUCGCCUCCUCGUCCUCCUCGCCCUCCUCAACCUCGUCGACCUCGCUGUAGUGCUCCGCCCUGUAAAACGCACCGCGCCUUGCCCGCAUCACCGCAAUCUCACCCGCUGAUUG